AUGAAUAUUGAUUUUCCCACAGGUAUUGUGAAAAUUUCAUGUGGAGAUCAAUCAGUAGAAAUUAAAAUUUUUGAGGUACCAAAUGAUCUUAAGAAAUCACAAGUAUAUGAUUGUCAUACCAUAGAUCUUCUAGAUGAUUUUGAUGAUCUAGAUGUUAUUGAUGACUGUGUGCUGGAAGAAUUAGAGGAAAUAGAGAAUAUAAAUUUAGGAGAAAAGAAAGAGGAAGAUCAUCUGAAUUUAGAGUUGAAACCUCUUCCCUCUAGUUUAAAAUAUAUGUUUUUGGAGGAGAAUAAUUCAUUUCCUGUUAUUAUUGCAGCUGAUUUGAGUGAUGAACAGGAAGAAGAAUUAUUAGAUGUACUUCGAAAAAAUAAGAAGGCUAUGGACUGGAAAAUGGAUAAUCUAAGGGGCAUUGAUAUGAGUGUAUGCAUGCAUAGUAUAUAUCUAGAGGAGGGGGCUAGAACUAGCAGGGAACCACAACAAAGAUUAAAUCCUAACAUGAUGAAAAUUGUAAAAAAAGAAAUUUUAAAGUGGCUAGCUGCUGAUAUUAUUUAUCCUAUUUUAGAUAGCAAAUGGGUUAGGCCUACACAAGUAGUGCCAAAAAAAUCAGGGAUCACGAUUAUAAAAAACGAAAAUGGGGAUGAAAUACAAACAAGAUUAACUACCAGUUGGAGGGUUUGCAUUGAUUAUAGAAAAUUAAAUUUAGUUACUAGAAAAGAUCAUUUUCCCCUACCAUUUACUGAUCAAAUUCUAGAAAAAUUAGCUGGAAAAAACUUUUUUUGUUUUCUAGAUGGAUACUCUAGUUAUAAUCAAAUUUAUAUAAACCCUUUAGAUCAAGAAAAAACAACUUUCACUUGUCCAUUUGGUACUUUUGCUUUUAAACGCAUGCCUUUUGGUCUAUGUAAUACUCCAGCCACAUUUCAAAGAUGUAUGCUGUCUAUUUUUUCUGAUAUGAUUGGAAAAUGCAUGGAAAUUUUUAUGGACGAUUUUUUUGUUUUUGGAGAAUCAUUUGAUGAAUGCUUAAAUCAUUUAAAGCAUGUACUUGAGAAAUGCAUAGAGAAAAAAUUAGUUUUGAGUUGGGAGAAAUCACAUUUUAUGGUUAAAGAAGGAGUUGUGUUGGGUCAUAUUGUGAGUAAAAGGGGUUUAGAGGUGGAUAGAGUAAAAAUUGAUAUUAUAUCUAAAAUGAAACCUCCAAAUUCAGUAAAAUAGAUUAGAUCUUUCUUGGGUCAUGCAGGUUAUUACAAAAAAUUUAUUCAAGAUUUUUCGAAGAUUUCUAAACCUCUCACCAUGCUAUUAUCUAAAGAUGUGCCUUUUAAUUUUGAUGAGAAAUGUUUUGAGUCUUUUUUCGAAAUAAAAAGAUUACUUACUGAGGCACCCAUUUUACAAGCUCCUGAUUGGUCUCUUCCCUUUGAAAUAAUGUGUGAUGCAUCGAAUUAUGCAGUGGGGGCCGUUCUAGGACAAAGAAAAGAGUCAAAACCCAUAGUAAUUUCAUAUGCUAGUAAAACUAUAUCCGAUGCUCAAUUAAAUUAUACCACGACUGAAAAAGAGUUGUUAGCUGUAGUAUUUUCGUUAGAAAGGUUUAGAUCAUAUAUUCUGGGAGCUAAAAUUAUUAUUUAUACUGAUCAUGCAGCAUUAAAAUAUCUGUUAAAUAAGAAAGAUGCAAAGCCACGUUUAUUAAGAUGGAUUUUAUUGUUGCAAGAAUUUGACCUAGAAAUAAAAGAUAAAAAAGGUUUCGAGAAUGUUGUUGCUGACCAUCUUUCUAGAUUAAGUGAUACAAGAAUUAAUGCAGCACCUUUACAAGACGCAUUUCCAGAUGAACAAUUGAUGGCAGCUCAACAUCAACCAUCACCAUGGUAUGCACAUAUUGUUAAUUUUCUGGUUUCUGAAAAAACUCCAGAACAGUGGGAUAAGAACAGAAAACAUCAUUUCUUUUCUAAGAUUAUAAAUUAUUUUUGGCAUGAUCCUGAUUUAUAUUACUUGGGCAAUGAUCAAAUUUUAAGGAGAUGUGUUCCUGAAGAAGAAUACCAUAGCAUUAUUAACAUGUGCCAUUCAUCUAAUUGUGGAGGACAUUUCUCUGGACGAAAAACAGCUGCAAAUUUUUUUCAGUGUGGUUUUUAUUGGCCUACAAUCAUUAGAGAUUCUAUAGAAUUUAGUAGAACAUGUAUUUCAUGUCAAUCUAUAGGUAACAUGAGUAAAAAAGAUGAAAUGCCCAUGAGUAACAUGUUAGUAGUCGAAAUUUUUGAUGUAUGA